AUUUCAAAGCGCAAAAGCAUCAACUCCUCCAUUCCUUCAUCCUUCAUCCGUUCAUCGAUCGCGAUCCUCAAUCCCAUCAUCCUCUCUCUCUCUCUCCCCUUUUGCCGCUUCUCGCCAUGGAUGUUCAGCCCGCGCAGGUUCCAGCAGGGAAGCCUCAGCCGCCGAGACAGAAACCCGGCAGGAAAGCGAACGGGCCGUCGAAGGCCGUCGCCGCCAGAGAUCCUCCGAUUUCCAGGCAGAAGCGCGUGUUCGGUACGUCGCGGAACACCAACGUUCCGGCGAAACCGGCGACGGAGAAACAACCCGCUGCGAAACCCUCGACGGGGGUUGGCCGGAAACGGGUCCAGUCGGCGCCGAAAAGCCCACCCACCGUCGGUGCCGCUCUAGCAUCGGCUGCGGAGAAGACGUCUCCGGAGAGAGAGAAGCCUGAGCCGAGGAAGAAGAGCGUUUGCUUCGAAGAGGAAUCGCCUGAGAAUUUGGGCGAUGCGCCGGCAGAGAAAACGUCUCCUGAGAGAGCGGACUUCAAGCCGAAGAAGAAGAGCGUUUGCUUUGAAGAGAAAUCGCCUAAGAAUUCGGGCGAUGCGCCCGCGGAGAAAGCGUCUUCGGAGAGAGCGAACCCUAAGCCGAAGAAGAAGAGCGUUUGCUUCGAAGAGAAAUCGCCUAAGAAUUUGGGCGACGAGAGCGCGGUCGGGCCUCGGACCCCGGUCCAAGCGCCUUUUGCUGCCGUGGCAAAGCCGAGGAGGUCCGGGACGCCCUAUUACACAGCCGAGAAUUGCAGCAAGUGCAGGUUCGAUCGGCUGGAGACCGCUUCGUACUGGCUUGGCCAGAUCAAGCUGGCAGAGCCUGUCGGGAAGCAUUUCGUCUCGGCGAGUUUCUUUCGGAUGGCUCUGGAAUGCAAGGCCGAGCCCAUCCGGAACCUGCGCAUCGAGCUGAAGCGUUACUUGUCACGGCACCUGCACUUAUCGGAAGAGGAAGAGUGGAGAAACCUGUCUCUCGGCUAUGGAAUCCUGAAGGAUGAGCCCAAUUCAGGUCCCCAAAAUCCAGAUUGCAGGGAAGCCAGUGUGAGGCUGAGCAUCGAAAGCAACCGUGAUGAUGAUCGAGAACAUCAGGAUACAGAGGACGAGCUCAUCGACUUGAAGGAGGAAUAGGUGGAUUAGUCUUGAGAUUGCAAUAUCAUCUAGUCGGUCGGUCUUUUGUGUAUUUGGCUUCGAAUUAAGCAAUCUUUUGCUUUCUGGGUUUUGUCCAAGAAUCGAUAUAUACAUAUAUAUGUUAGUUUUCGCGCUAGAACUUUUGAGCGAUGAUGAGAUGUCUGAAAUAUGAGAUGCUAGCGCAACUGAAGUGAACUAUAGCACAGUGUAGUUUAAUAACACAGUUCAGACUUCAGAUGUUUGUCUUUGGGAUAUACAUUUGGUUUGAUGCUUGAUC